CAGUGUGCGUCGCGCCUUCCUCGCGCGUCCACGCUCGAGCUUUUAUUCAGUAUCCGCCGAGGCGCGCGGCCGUCCGCUGCGUUGACGACUAAACGCGAAUGCGAUUACUGAGACACGACUAAUCGCAAACAUGACGGCGGACGACGUUAAGGGAGACGCGGGAACACCCUUCGAGGAUGCACUGGAGAAGACUGGUAAUGGCCUCUACAACAUCCUGCUGCUGGCGACAUGUUCCCUCAUCCUGCUGGCCAUCGGCGUGGACAUGUUCGGCUUCAGCCUGGUCAUCACCGCCGCCUGCGACCUGGAGCUCACGGUCAUGGAAAAGGGGAUCAUCACCUCCGUUCCUUUCGUUGGCAUCCUGUUCGUGUCGUACCUGUGGGGCUACAUCUCGGACACGCGCGGGAGACGGCUGACGCUGGUGGUGUGCAUGCAGGCUGGCUUCGUGCUGUCCUGCCUGUGCAGCGUCACGCCCAACUGGCUGGUGCUGGCCUUCAUCAAGUUCCUGGCCGUUUGCUUUUCCUGCGCUGCCAACUCUGCCACUUAUACCUUGGUAGGGGAGUCCUGCAUCCAGAGGGUGCGGAGCAAAUACAUGCUGCUGAUGACCUGCCUCAUCUUGCUGUCACCUGCUGUUGCUGGAGUGCUCACAUACCCCACACUAAAACUGCAGUUCGAGGCGGACCUCUGGUUCGGAGUCACGUUCCGGCCGUGGCGGCUGCUCACUAUCGUGCUUGCACUGCCUUCGGGGCUGGGGGCCAUUGCUAUCUACUUCUUCCACGAGUCGCCCAAGUUCCUGGCCAACAGGGGACGAACAGACGAGGCACUGGAAGUUCUGAGGUCCAUGUACGCGAUCAACCAUAGGAACUCUAAGGACGAGUUUGGGGUGAAAUCCUUGAAACUCAGCGAAGACAUGGCCAAGCAGCAGACGACGCUCCUCAAGGCGAUGUUUGAACAAAGCGCGCCGUUAUUCCGCGCGCCGUACCUCUGGCGCACGCUGCAGCUGUUCUACAUCGUCUUCGUCGUGUACAUCACAAACAACAGCUUCCUCGUCUGGCUCCCCCACAUCUUGAACCUGAUCCGGUUGUCACUAGAGACGGGUUCAGCUGCCGGGAACAUCUGCGCUCUCAUCUCCCCGGAAGAACAGUCACCAGACGUCUGCAUCGGCACAAUAGAGGAAAACGUGAUGGUCACCCUCAUAGCAUCCCAAUCCGUCUUCUCAUUCUUCAAUUUUGUCAUAUCGUACCUGCCGAACCGGCGGAAGGCCGUGCUAAUUACGAUCUUGUGCCUAUCGUCGUUGGGUGGAGUUUGCCUCAACCUGAUGCCGGAGCCGAUCUCUUCUGUGUUCUUCUUCGUGCUGUUCACUUGCACGUGUCUCGGGAUGGGCAUCUUGGCUUCGUACUUCGUGGAUUUGUAUCCUACUUCAUACAGAGGGAUGGUGGCAUGCCUCAGUAUCAUGGUGGGGCGAACGAGCACCUUUAUAGGGAUCAACCUGGUCGGGAAACUCAUCUUCCGCCACUGCCAAGUCACGUUUUACCUCUGGUCGCUGCUUGUGCUAAUCGCUGCUUCAUCUAAAGGUUUUUCGUCAGUUCUAUUCGUUAUAGUAGUUGAAGUUAUAAUAGUGCCUGCCUAG